CACCACCUCCUUGCACAUUCCCUUGUCGCGAUAGGAAUAUCUUUCUUUUCUCACCCGCAUCCUUUCUUCCUUCCGCCGCGCUGUAACCUGGUGCCCUGUGCCUGCCGUUGAGAAGCCUCUCUCCUGCGGCUGGGUGUCCACUCCCUUCCUUCCAAACGUGCACCUUUAAUCACCGCCUCCUUACGUGUCCCUCCACCCCACCCCUCCAAUACCGCAGUCAUGGCCGACGACAAGAAGACGGACGACUACAAGAUCGAUAUUCCCGACCGCAAAGAGUCCUUCAACCGCGCCCCAUCGCCCGUCAUGCGUCCCCAAACGAAGAAACACCACCUCUCAAUUACGGAGAACCCCUCGCUAGCUAUUAUGUCCUAUUGCGCGUCGUCAAUUCUGAUGACCGUUACCAACAAAUAUUGUCUGUCGGGCGUGGAUUUCAAUCUGAAUUUCUUUUUGCUUUGCGUCCAGUCUGUGGUUUGUGUUGUUGCCAUCUCAACUUGCAAGAGCGCUGGUGUGAUUACGUACCGGGAUUUCAACACCGACGAGGCCAGGAAAUGGUUUCCCAUUUCCCUCCUUCUCAUCGGCAUGAUCUACACCGGCACAAAGGCCCUGAAGUUUCUCUCCAUUCCCGUAUAUACAAUCUUCAAGAACCUCACUAUCAUCCUCAUUGCGUAUGGCGAGGUUCUUUGGUUCGGCGGGUCCGUCACACCAAUGACGCUUUUCUCGUUUGGUUUGAUGGUUAUCAGCUCUGUCAUUGCGGCAUGGGCGGAUAUCCAGCAUGCUUUGUCCAGCUUUGGGGAGGCUACAUCCGAGGCUACAAAUGCCAUCUCUACUUUGAAUGCAGGAUACCUGUGGAUGUUGUUCAACUGCUUCUGCACUGCCUCUUACAUUUUGGGCAUGAGGAAGCGAAUAAAGUUGACCAACUUCAAGGAUUUUGACACCAUGUACUACAAUAACCUCCUCACCAUUCCCAUCUUGUUGGCUGCUUCUCUCUUUGUGGAGGACUGGUCGUCUUCUAACAUCUCUAAGAAUUUCCCAGUUGAGAAACGCAAUACCUUGAUCAUGGCCAUGAUCUUCUCUGGACUCUCCUCGGUUUUCAUUUCCUACACCUCCGCCUGGUGUGUCCGUGUCACCUCGUCUACCACCUACUCCAUGGUCGGCGCCUUGAACAAGCUCCCAAUCGCCAUCAGCGGUCUCGUCUUCUUCGAUGCUGCCGUCACUUUCGGAAGCGUUUCUGCCAUCUUUGUUGGCUUCAUUAGCGGUAUCGUGUACGCGCUCGCCAAGGUCAGGCAGAACAGCAAGCCAAAGGAUACCCUCCCCACGACGAACGUGCCCAUGAGCGCGAGCAGCCAGAGCAUGAGGGACAGCUUCAAGUCAUAAAUCUCGAAAGCAGCUGGGAUGGCUUUUCUUGCAUAGAAGCGUCAAUUGGUCAAUGAAUGGCAGGGGACAGGCUUAUGGCGCUCAUAUCUACUUUAACUCACAGCCCAUGUUGAAUUGAAUUCAACAACAGUGGUUCUUCCUCUUGGUUCUCAUAGGGUCCUUCACUUCUGCUGAUCCUCUUCUUGUACUUCAUAUAUACCAGUUGUUCUCCUAUCCUCUUUAACAUUUCUAGAAACGGUCGGGCGUCUUGGUUCGGGUCCUUUGACGGUCUCCCCGUGAUUAGCUUGGACGGGGAGGAACAAUAUGGAUGAUUCUUUGAAGAAUCAUGACAGCGCAUCAAUGUAGUAAAUUAUUUAAUGGAAUCGGGUAAAUGCUUG